GCACUGCCUUUAAGCACAGGAACAGCAGUGGCCAAAAAUUACCAAACCGCCUCCUCCCACACAAAUACAUGCAAAUUUCGCCAUGGCUUCCCUUCUUCAUGACCCAAACAGCAGUCAUGUCUCGGUACCUAACCAAAACUCAACAACUCCACACUCUACUUCUUUUGAAGUAGAAACCGUCAGUACUGUUCCAAUGCAAAGUAACAGAUCAGGAGGAAGCGUUGUGAGAUCAAGUAGUAUGUCGUCGUCGAAGGAGGGUGUUUUCUUGACAUGGGAAGACUUGUGGGUGACUGUUCCCAAUGGCAAGAGCGGUAGCAGAUCGAUCCUUGGGGGUGUGACUGGUUAUGCUCGACCAGGAGAGCUCCUGGCCAUAAUGGGUCCUUCUGGUUGUGGCAAGUCUACCCUCCUUGAUACAUUAGCAGGGAGAUUAGGUUCAAACACAAGGCAAUCAGGAGAUAUUCUGAUCAAUGGCCGCAAACAGGCGCUGGCUUUUGGAACGUCGGCAUACGUAACGCAAGAUGACACUCUGAUGACAACUUUAACGGUCAGAGAAGCCGUGUACUACUCAGCUCAGCUCCAAUUACCAGACUCCAUGUCAAAGUUAGACAAGAAGGAGAGAGCAGACGUGACAAUCACAGAAAUGGGCUUGCAGGAUGCCGUGAACACAAGAAUCGGUGGGUGGGGAGCCAAAGGCAUCAGUGGUGGGCAAAAGAGAAGAGUCAGCAUUUGCAUAGAGAUACUAACACGCCCCAAGCUUCUUUUUCUUGACGAGCCAACAAGUGGACUUGAUAGUGCAGCAUCAUAUUAUGUGAUGAGCAGAAUUGCAAGGCUGGAUCAAAUGGAUGGAGUUGGAAGGACCAUAAUUGCAUCCAUCCAUCAACCCAGCACUGAAGUCUUCCAACUUUUCAACAAUCUCUGCCUUCUGUCUUCAGGAAAAACAGUAUAUUUUGGUCCUGCUUCCGCAGCAAAUGAGUUUUUCGCUUCAAAUGGCUUUCCCUGCCCGAGUCUACAAAAUCCAUCUGAUCACUUCCUUAAAACCAUAAACAAAGAUUUUGACAAGGAUCUUGAGAAAGGUUUGGGUGGAGCAGUACCUACAGAGGAAGCAAUUCACACUCUUACAAAGGCAUAUAAAUCAUCCGAAAUUUUCGUACAAGUUCAAAGACAGGUAGCAGAAAUAUGUAGACAGGAUUGUGGAGCAUUUGAGAGGAAGAGAUCAAGCCACGCUGGCUUUGUUACUCAGUGUCUUGUUCUUACAAGAAGGUCUUUCGUGAACAUGUACCGUGACCUCGGUUACUACUGGCUGCGCCUAGCUAUCUAUGUUGCCUUGGGUUUGGGCCUAGCAACCGCCUUUUAUGAUAUAGGCUAUAGCAGCAGAUCAUCAAUAGAGGCAAGGGGUGCACUGCUCAUGUUUGUCGCUUCAUUCCUAACUUUCAUGACCAUCGGUGGAUUCCCUUCGUUCGUGGAGGACAUGAAGAUAUUUGAACGAGAAAGAUUAAAUGGCCACUAUGGCACCGCAGCCUUUGUAGUUGGCAACACAUUUGCUGCAGUUCCAUACCUGGUGCUGAUAUCACUUAUUCCUGGAGCAAUAACUUAUUACCUUCCUGGUCUUCAUAAGGGAGCUGAACACUUUUUAUACUUUGCCAUCGUCCUAUUUGCUUGCAUGAUGUUAGUUGAGAGCCUGAUGAUGAUUGUUGCAAGCAUUGUGCCAAAUUUUCUAAUGGGUAUAAUAGUGGGUUCGGGAAUUCAAGCGUUUAUGAUCUUAGGCGGCGGGUUCUUUCGGUUGCCAGGUGAUCUUCCAAGACCAUUUUGGAAAUAUCCUUUAUACUACGUCGCAUUCCACAAGUAUGCGUACCAAGGAUUGUUCAAGAACGAGUUUGAAGGGUUAUCAUUUCCGAACAACGUUCAAGCUGGAGGCCGGGCAGCCAGUACCAUCAGUGGUGAACAGAUUCUGAGAGACAGAUGGCAAGUGGAAAGUGAUUAUUCCAAGUGGGUAGAUCUUGCUAUAUUGUUCGGAAUGGUAGUUUUGUAUCGACUUGUGUUCUUGGGCAUGAUCAAGAUCAAUGAAAAGAUGAAGCCUAUUGUAAGAGCUUUAUUGUCAGUGCCUUCCAAGAAAACAUCAACCCAGGUGAUGGUGAAUCCCUCUGCUACUCCCUCUGCUACACCUUUACAUGGGGAUCAGAUUCAGUCUCAUGUGUAGCAUGUAAUCAGUAAUUUUAAGAUAAUAAUUAAUGAAGCUAUACUAGCUCAUGUACUA